CAGUUGAAACUGGAGCAGCAGCACAGUCAGGUGGAAGUUGAAACUGGAGCAGCAGCAUGGCCAGGUGGACUGGGGACAGCAGCAUGGCCAGGUGGACUGGGGACAGCAAGGAGUCAUCAUGUCAGGUAGUCCUGGGGCAUGGUCCUAGGGCUCAGGUCAGUUGAAACUGGAACAGCAGCAUGGCCAGGUGGACUGGGGACAGCAAGGAGUCAUCAUGUCAGGUAGUCCUGGGGCUUGGUCCUAGGGCUCAGGUCCUCAGAGAGAGAGAAAGAAAGAGAGAAUUAGAGAACGCACACUUAGAUUCACACAGGACACCGAAUAGGACAGGAGAAGUACUCCAGAUAUAACAAACUGACCCUAGCCCCCCGACACAUAAACUACUGCAGCAUAAAUACUGGAGGCUGAGACAGGAGGGGUCCGGAGACACUGUGGCCCCAUCCGAGGACACCCCCGGACAGGGCCAAACAGGAAGGAUAUAACCCCACCCACUUUGCCAAAGCACAGCCCCCACACCACUAGAGGGAUAUCUUCAACCACCAACUUACCAUCCUGAGACAAGGCUGAGUAUAGCCCACAAAGAUCUCCGCCACGGCACAACCCAAGGGGGGGGCGCCAACCCAGACAGGAUGACCACAACAGUGAAUCAACCCACUCAGGUGACGCACCCCCUCCAGGGACGGCAUAAGAGAGGCCAAGUAAGCAAGUGACUCAGCCCCUGUAAUAGGGUUAGAAGCAAGAAAAUCCCAGUGGAAAGAGGGGAACCGGCCAGGCAGAGACAGCAAGGGCGGUUCGUUGCUCCAGAGCCUUUCCGUUCACCUUCCCACUCCUGGGCCAGACUACACUCAAUCAUAUGACCCACUGAAGAGAUGAGUCUUCAGUAAAGACCCUCCUCUUCUCCUUUUCAUCCCUCUAUCCCUCCAUUAAGGUUAGGUCUCUCUAUACUUUUUUCCCCUUUCACAAAGAAUGCACUCAAUCUCUCCCCCUCAUGGAUGGAGUUGUGGGUAAUGUAGUUCUUGCAUCUGGUUCCCAGAACGGCUUUGCUGUGGUUCGACCCCCUGGACACCAUGCAGAAGAGAGCACUCCCAUGGGCUUCUGCUACUUUAACUCAGUAGCCAUCGCAGCCCGGCUGCUCCAACAGAGACUCAACGUCUGCAAGAUCCUCAUAGUAGACUGGGAUGUUCACCAUGGCAACGGGACCCAGCAGGCAUUUUACGACGACCCCAACGUGCUGUACCUGUCUCUCCAUCGAUACGACGAUGGAAACUUCUUCCCUGGCAGCGGAGCACCCGAUGAGGUGGGCAGUGGUCCAGGAGUAGGUUUUAACGUUAACAUGGCCUUCACUGGGGGGCUGGAGCCACCUAUGGGAGAUGCAGAGUACCUGGCAGCCUUCAGGUCUGUGGUGAUGCCCAUAGCUAAUGAAUUUGCUCCUGACGUGGUGCUGGUGUCCUCAGGCUUCGACGCUGUCGAGGGUCACCCUCCUCCCCUAGGCGGUUACACCCUCACCUCCAAAUGUUUUGGGUACCUGACGCGUCAGCUGAUGACCCUGGCGGAGGGUCGCGUGGUGCUGGCAUUGGAGGGAGGUCACGACCUCAUGGCCAUCUGUGACGCCUCCGAGGCCUGCGUCUCCGCUCUGCUGGGCAACCAGCUGGUUCCUCUCCCUCAGACGCUUCUGGAGCAGAGACCCAACCAGAAUGCUGUGUGCUCCAUAGAGAAGGUUAUAGAAACACACAGUAAGUACUGGCGCUCCAUGCAGCGUGGCUCCCCCAGGCUGGGCCUGUCUGUGCUGGAGGCUCAGAGAGGAGACUCGGAGGAGGCUGAGACCGUCAGCGCCAUGGCCUCUCUCUCUGUGGCCAACAAACAGAGCAGGUCGGAGGAGGAACCCAUGGAGGAGGAAGCACCAUUAUAGCGGGGGAAGCAUAAGGGCGUCGCACCGUGACUGUCGGCCUCUGCAGCUCGGAAGACUACCUUCUGGAGAGUCUCGACUGUCCCUUUCAUUUAGUCCCUCCGCGCCGUGCCUAUCACCUUGAUUGGCAGCUCCUCUGCCAAUGAGAGAGAGGGAUGGGCUUCAGAGUAGGGAGUCAAUGGGGAUACGAUAUGAAGGAUGGAAGUGACAAAGCGCUGCAGCCAGACAGCUCAGCGUGGUCAGCUCACCGUGACUCUAAAGAGACGUUUGUUUCUGCCAGUCAGACUGAGGCAGCCCCAGAAGACACCCCAGCACCGAGGCAGUGGGUUCUCAGAGUGGAGGCGGAUAAUGGAAGUCUACUCCUGAAGGGAAAGAUCUGGUGCUUUACAGAGCUCCCCCGUGGCCAAAUAUGGAGACAGAGGACAGGACAAGUCCGGCUGUUACACACAGCGUGGACAUUUAUUUUCUCUCCUGCUUUUUUCCCCCUAAAUGGAGGACAUGCUACUGAUGGAGAUGGUGGUUACUGAUGAGAGAUGGCGGACAACAAAGCCCCUAGGAGAAUUGUCGGGCUGUCAUUGGCUGAGGACAGUAGACUUGACUGUGGUUGGCCGUUGAGCAAGCGGCCUUUGCCGUUAUUGGAUGAUGAGUCUAUUGGAUCUUUGCCUUACUGAUGCAGCUGGUAGUUCUGUGAUGGUCCACCAAUGAGAGAGUGCCUUUGUGAAGCUCUGAUGGAUUUCAGGAUUGUGUCAGAAAUUAAGAUUGCCUUAAAUGAUGAUCCUGACCAGGGGAGAGAGAGAAAUACAUUUUCCUGUUUGAUAGAGGACGGGAUGGUGGAAAAAAUGAUCUUUCAGCAUGUUUACCAGGAUUGUGAUGUAGACAGCGUUUGUCUCUCACAGCCUCUUUUAGAGGUCAUUAUACCUUUGGAUUGAUAUAUUUUUCUGUAAAAAUGCUUCAAAAAGGUAGUUGCAAGCAAACAUUUGAAACGUUCAACUUCCAGUUGGUUCGUAAAGCACUGUUGAAGGUUAGCAUUUAGCCUUAUGUAGCUUCCCUUUAUCACAUAACCAAUCGCUAACGGAGAAAAAGCAUGUCUGACCAGAAAGACCUGUCGGUUGCAAGGUUAGAAAGUUAUCCAAAAACUAGUCGAGCAAAAAAAAAAGCCAAAGCAUGAGUUUGCAUCCAGCUCUUUCGUACCACUAGUAACAGCAGGCAUACACAGUAUUACUACUGGCUUUUCAUACCAAGCACACUGUCCGAGAGCUAACGGAUCAAACAUGUAUGUCUCAACCUUUUGUUAAAUAACUAUUGAAUUCCAAUGUAUUGUUUGGCAACUACCUUAGUUAAUAGUUACUAUAAACAUCUUGUCAUGUAUAUUGAAUUGAACAUAUUGUGAAGCCAAGUGUUAAUUUGCCAUCUUUGAAACUAUCAUUUCCACAUCAAGCUAGUCAAUUGACUAAACCAUCAUCAACUUUUUCUUAAUCAACGAUCUCAAGUGGGUGACAAUUCUAUUUUUGGCAUGUAUGAAAAUCUCUAGUUUGUAACAUA